CUCUGUUCGAACCGGGGAUAAAAAAGAACUGACCUGAUUGCUGUCCGAGCGAAGAGGCGGGAAAUAGACAAAACCCUAGACCUUAACAUCCCAUCUUCUCUUGAAUUCAUCUGAAUUUCACUCGAAUAUCAAAUGGGUAUCAAGGGUUUAACAAAGCUUCUUGCUGAUAAUGCUCCAAAUGCCAUGAAAGAACAGAAAUUUGAGAGCUAUUUUGGCCGUAAAAUUGCUAUUGAUGCUAGCAUGAGCAUUUACCAGUUUCUUAUUGUUGUCGGACGAACCGGGACCGAGAUGCUUACAAAUGAGGCUGGUGAAGUUACUAGUCAUUUGCAGGGAAUGUUUAGUCGCACUAUUAGACUUUUGGAAGCUGGAUUAAAGCCAGUUUAUGUGUUUGACGGAAAGCCUCCGCUGCUAAAAAGCCAAGAGCUUGCAAAACGUUAUUCAAGGAGGGCGGAUGCAACUGAGGAUUUGAACAAGGCCAUAGAGUCUGGAAAUCAGGAGGAAAUAGAGAAGUUCAGUAAAAGAACUGUGAAGGUGACAAAGCAACACAAUGAUGACUGCAAAAAGCUUCUUAGACUUAUGGGAGUUCCAGUGAUUGAGGCUCCUUCCGAAGCUGAGGCACAGUGCGCUGCACUUUGCAAAUCAGACAAGGUUUAUGCUGUGGCCUCCGAAGAUAUGGAUUCACUGACAUUUGGAGCUCCUAAGUUUCUUCGCCAUUUGAUGGAUCCUAGCUCAAGGAAAAUCCCAGUAAUGGAGUUUGAUGUUUCAAAGGUUUUGGAAGAGUUGAAUCUUACCAUGGACCAGUUUAUCGAUUUGUGCAUCCUCUCUGGCUGUGACUAUUGUGACAGUAUUCGAGGUAUUGGUGGUCUGACUGCUCUGAAGCUCAUCCGACAACAUGGUUCAAUAGAGAGUAUAUUGGAGAAUUUAAACAAAGAAAGGUACCAAGUACCUGAUGAUUGGCCUUAUCAAGAGGCCCGGCGUCUUUUCAAAGAACCAUCGGUUCUUUCUGAUGAAGAGCAACUUGAUCUUAAAUGGAGUGCUCCAGAUGAAGAUGGGUUGAUUAACUUCCUCGUGAAUGAAAAUGGGUUCAACAGUGACAGAGUAACGAAAGCAGUAGAAAAAAUCAAAGCAGCUAAGAACAAGUCUGCACAAGGCCGGCUAGAAUCUUUUUUUAAACCGAUGAGUAAACCCUCUGUUCCUAUUAAAAGAAAGGGAACAAAAUGCAUUCUUGGAUCUCCAAAGUUCUCAAAUGAGCUUAAGCUUUUAUCUUUGCAAACAUCUAUGAAGGGCACACCCACUGUCUUGGGUUGCUUAAGCCUGCCAAAUCCAUCUAUGAGUUUCAAGAAACCUAUGAUGUUUUCCCGUGGUCUCUGCUUCAGCGUGUUAAGCUGAAAACCUGGUGAACCUUCAGCUGAGCGUUGUACUAGCAGUUUUUCAUAAAUUAUUGAAUCCAAUGAUCAACAGUUGUGUAAUCCUGUUUUUUGCCUUCUGAACCAACAGUGUAUACGGCUUAUGCCUUAUAUUUUAUGUGUCAGUAAUAUGAGCACUAUGGUAUAAUACCCAUGAGAAAAAGUGCUCGUUUUGUAUAAUUAUGUAUCCUGUCAUUUAAGAAUACCAUUCUGCGGAGCGAACAUCUAUCGAAUUUGUUAUAUCCAGAAAAUCUCUAUUAUCAUGUA